AUGGCUGACGGCAGUACCGAUGGGUCUUUGCCCAAAUUAGGUCCCGACCUUGACACGUCUUAUACCGAUAUGAAGUUUGCAGCCGUGGAUCUACCGGAUGACGUGUUUAUCAGGAAAUUCGCUAUCUGGCGUGGUCGUGCCUUUUUGGCCAUUCCAAGAUGGCAGAAAAAUGGCAUUGUGAACAACGGAGUGACGGUGUACGAAGCGAUCUGGCCCGAGUCUAGCUUUUUGUCAGUCAGGAUCAGCAAAGUAUCCUCGAUCGAUCUGCAUAAUAAACUUAUAAACGAUGGAUGUCGUCGAUCAGUCAUGGACCUACAUGUCGACGUCCGUGGACGUUUAUGGCUGCUGGAUGUUCCUGAAAAUUUGGGUUGUCCGGCUAGAGUCAUUGUUCAUAACUUGAAACGAAAUAACCAACUGGUGUCGUCUACUGAUUUAACCAACGUUCCAACGCAAAACUUAAGAGCUCUCGUCGUUGAUUAUUCGGGUAAUAAGGGGUAUAUAGGAGAUCCUGGUGACGAAUCAAUUAUUGCAUACAUUCCAGAGGAAGAAAAAUGGUGGAGGAUAAAGAUGAUUCAUGGACCGGAAGUACCUCGUGUUUUCAGCACCGACCUCGCCAUUUCCUGGAAAAAUUCGACACUUUACUUGACUGGCUCCAAUACUCUUAAUCUGUUUAGCAUAAAUUUGGAAGAAGCGUGGAACGAUCGAAAUUCUUCAACUUAUAAUGAUGUAUGUAGAAGUAUUUCGUUCAAGAAAUGGCGAAACGCGACGAUUGUUUGGCACGGAACCAAAAUGGGCACGUCCUCGGGGCUUUUCUGCGACGUCGAGGAUGGUCUCCACUAUUUCAUGUCCUUGGAGAGAGCCAGCGUCCGAUGGGACACGAAACUUCCUUUAAAGGCUGAAAGUCACUCGGUGCUGGUGCAGAAUCAGAAUUGCCCUUGUAUAAGCGACUACGCUAUGGACGGACAGAAGAUUCUGUGGGGUCUGAUUAAUUCACGGUGUCCAAACACGAUUGUCGAUUCUUCCACGAAAGUGACCGUGAAAUCCCGAACCACGAGAAUUGGAAAAUACUCGGCUUCCCGAAGAUAAUUCGAAACUUACAUUGGCCUUGUCAUUAGUCAAUGAUAGCCAUAA